CAAUUCAACACGCAAACAUACACAACCUCCUCCGCUUACGUGACCAAUAACUUAAGCCUGUUUUGAAGCUUAUAUGAAACGACUGUGACUUUAUCAUCAACUCUUAACUAAAUCAGAUAAACAAUAGCUAUGCAUCAACAUCAGCUAAAUUAUUUUAUGAAUUAAAUUUGGUAUGUUCAAAGUUUGAUAUGUGUAAUUGUCUCCUCUCCUCUGUUUCUCUCUCUCACAUUGCCAUUGACGUGAAACGACAAGCCCUAGAAUUUGAUUUGGUUUAAAUCUCGCCUGAUUUAUUUCCAUAUAACAUAGAAAGGCCUCAAUAUCAUGAUUCAUGGAGAUCCUCAAUUUUGGUAAAUAUCAGAGUGCCUAGUUUCCAUUGAAAUGUGCAGCAUCAGUUACAGGUCUUGUGAUGGAGUUGACAGUUUAAUGCUGAUUCAAUAUUUUCCGCAAUGCAAUUAGUAUCAAAUGAUAGUCACAGGGAAGAUAUAUUGGAAAGUGAACCCAUCUUAUCCCACUCUACCGUUUCACAUCAGAUUGAAGAAUCAUCGUCAGCUUCAAGUGAAAUUACAUCUUUAGAACGGGAUUGUGAUGGUGAUGACUUGGAAAGUGUGCACAUUGACGAAACUUGCCAUCUAGUGAAUCCAGACCAACCACAAUGUCGCAUUUGCCUUGAUAAUGGAGGAGAAGACCUAAUUGCACCAUGUCAUUGCAAAGGCACUCAGAAGUAUGUUCAUAGGUCGUGCCUUGAUAAUUGGAGGUCAACUAAGGAGGGCUUUGCUUUUGCUCACUGCACAGAGUGCAGGGCAUUGUUCAUAUUACGUGCUAAUGUCCCACCUGAUCGCUGGUGGUUGAGAUUGAAAUUUCAGUUCCUUGUUGCAAGAGACCACGCAUUCAUUUUUGUAGUUGUUCAGCUGAUUGUUGCAUUCUUGGGGAUGCUUGUGUACAAGUUUUAUGGGGAUGAGCUCAGGGAAAUGUUUGGCUAUGAAGAGCAUCCAUAUGGAUUUUAUACUAUGGCUGGAGCUGUAUGUGAUACAAUUUUUUAUCAGAGGCAGCCUUCAAAAGUGCAACUGAAUCGAUAUGGGAAAUGGUAGGUUGCUUGAAGUUCACUCAACACAGGUUAAUUUACAUAGUUGAAUGAGAAAAUUCUCUUCUUGCUUUGGGGAAAAAGGAUGGUGGGAUGUGAAGCAUGCAAGAAGGAUAGAGGCAUCAUAAGGGGUUUGGCUAACCUUUUCUGUACCAGCACUGUAUUAUACUGAAUGCUGGAUACUGUCUAAUUUUACAAAUUAAAUAAGUUGUAAAUGUUUCAACUUUUCUUUUGUGGGAAUGACAAAUGCACAGCCUUUCGUUUAAGGAACUAACAAUUUGUUCCUCUCUGUUAUCAUCAGUGAGUCUUGUAGCCAAUGUGAGGAUUCAUUCCGAUUCACCAUACUCUUAAAUUUUUAAACUCGCAAUAUAGUCCAUAUUUGUUCAUUUCUCUUGGAAAUACAUGCUACUUGAAAAUAAGUGGCUGUAUUUUAAAAUGUAUGCAUGUUUUGGAUUUUUUUUGUCAUUAGUCCCAUUGGUAGUUAUUCUUUUUUAUACUGAUUGAUACCCAACUUCCCUUCCAAUUAUUCACCGGACUUUUCAAAUUUUAAACUUGCAAUAUAGUUCAUAUUUCUUCAUUUCGCUUGAAAAUAAAUGCUACUUGAAGAUAAGUGGUUGUAUUUGAAAGGUAAGCGUUGUUUUGGAUCUUUCUCCAGUUAGCCCCAUUAAUACUUUGUGUUGGUACUGAUUGAUACCUGAGUUUACCUGAAGGUAAUGGACACAUGCCAUCAUUUAAAACAUGAACUCUCCAUGAAUUACUUUCCCUGUUCUAUAAUUCCAAAGGUUUUCUAAAA